GGGCAGCGUCCGAGCCAGCGGGGAGCAGGGAGCUGGGGAAAGCGACGCCGAGAGAGCGAUCGCACCUGAGAAGGGAACGAAGGACGGGGGAAACCGGGUAGAGCUUUGGCCCACGGCCGCCGGCUGGCUGCUCCCCGCCCGAAACUGCCCCCGGGAACGCGCGCCCAGACACUUGGUCCGGCCACCGCCGCGGACGGCGCGCCGCUCGCUGCAGGGAGGCCUGGGGCGGCCCCGCAGGGACCCCCGACCCAAGCCCGCCGGGCCGCCCGGAUGUGCACCAAAAUGGAACAACCCUUCUACCACGACGACUCUUACGCAGCUGCGGGCUACGGCCGGGCCCCUGGUGGCCUCUCUCUACACGACUACAAACUCCUGAAACCGAGCCUGGCACUCAACCUGACCGACCCCUACCGAGGUCUGAAAGCAACCAGCGCGCGGGGCCACGGACCGGAGGGCAGCGGCGGCGGCAGCUACUUUUCCAGCCAAAGCUCGGACACGGGCGCAUCGCUCAAGCUCGCCUCGUCGGAGCUAGAGCGCCUGAUCGUUCCCAACAGCAACGGCGUGAUCACGACGACGCCCACGCCACCGGGACAGUACUUUUACCCCCGUGGGGGUGGCAGCGGCGGAGGUGCGGGGAACGCAGGGGGAGGCGUCACCGAGGAGCAGGAGGGCUUCGCCGACGGUUUUGUCAAAGCUCUGGACGACCUGCACAAGAUGAAUCACGUGACGCCCCCCAACGUGUCCCUGGGCGCCAGUGGGGGACCCCCAGCAGGCCCCGGCAGCGUCUACGCGGGCCCGGAGCCGCCUCCGGUGUACACCAACCUCAGCAGCUACUCCCCAGCCUCUGCACCCCCUGGAGGCGCCGGAGCCUCUGUCGGGACUGGCAGCUCGUACCCGACGGCCACCAUCAGCUACCUCCCUCACGCGCCUCCCUUCGCCGGUGGCCACCCUGCGCAGCUAGGCCUGGGCCGCGGAGCCUCCACCUUCAAGGAGGAACCACAGACGGUGCCGGAGGCGCGGAGCCGCGACGGCACGCCGCCAGUGUCCCCCAUCAACAUGGAAGAUCAGGAGCGCAUCAAAGUGGAGCGUAAGCGGCUGCGGAACCGGCUGGCGGCCACCAAGUGCCGGAAGCGGAAGCUGGAGCGCAUCGCGCGCCUGGAGGACAAGGUGAAGACGCUCAAGGCCGAGAACGCCGGACUGUCGAACACGGCCGGCCUCCUCCGGGAGCAGGUGGCCCAGCUCAAACAGAAGGUCAUGACCCACGUCAGCAAUGGCUGCCAGCUGCUUCUUGGGGUCAAGGGACAUGCCUUCUGAGAUCCCUCACUCCCGUACGGACACCCCACCCCCCAGCCUGGACGGCUGGGCGCACCGCUCCGGGGGCGGGGGAGGAGGCAGGCGAUGGACAUUCGCCCCAGGACCUGGGGGCGCCGCAAACCACACUGGACUCCAGCCCGCCCGCUCUCGCCCAAUCCUUUCCACUUCGACGUUUACAAGCUCCUUCCGUGUUUUUUUUUUUCUGCUGGAAACAGACUCGAUUCAUAUUGAAUAUAAUAUAUUUGUGUAUUUAACAGGGAGGGGAGGAGGGGGCGAUCGCGGCGGAGCUGGCCCCGCCGCCCGGUACUCAAGCCCGCGGGGGCACUGGGUAGGGGACCUCCGCCCCCUGGCCUCCCCUCUCUGCACCGUACUGUGGAGAAGAAACACGCACUUAGUCUCUAAAGAGUUUAUUUUAAGAUGUGUUUGUGUGUGUGUGUUUGUUGUUCUGACUUUUUAUUGAAUUUAUUUAAGUAAAAAAAUCGUUCUUUAA